AUGGUCUCGCGGGUGUCGAGGUCUGCGGCGGACCUGCACGUCUGCGUCUUUUCCGCGGGCAGAGACGCAGGCCUCGCCGCACAUACCCGCGUAUUUCUCAACCCUUUUCUCUUUCAAUGCACCUUGUAAAUUUGUUAUUUUGCUCAGAUCUAUAUCGGUUUUUUCCAUUGUUAAUAUAAUUAAUAAAAUUUCUCGGACCCUGUUUUCAUAUAAACAAUUUUUCAAUAUGGUUUUCUAUCACUCCUCACGAUUUACUUAAAAAAACCAUAUAUCAAGGCGGACAACGUUUUUCAGAAAAUGGAUGAUCAUAUUCAUGAACCAUCGUACAACGACAGGCUCAAUCAGCUGAUUAAGGUAUCUUUUGAUCUUGAUUUAUUUUUUUUCAAAGAGAUCUGACAAUUCGGAGAUAUCCUACAAGGAGCUUUCGAGUGGUCUUUAAAGGGACCUCGAAGGUUUCCCUCGAAUGACCAGUUUACACCUCCCCUCAGGCCCCAAUAAAAGUCGAAAAAGUGGCCCUUAUAGGGGUUUGAGGUAGCGGUCACUUUAAGGAACAUGAAUUCUAUAGGAUGAAGCAUGCGAAAAACUGGCUUUAAUUGGCUGAAAAGUAUCAACAGAGGAAGAUUUGAUAAAGCUUGUCUUUUUAAUUGCAGAUCUGAACGAAAAAUCAAUAGUCGCUAUAGGGAUUACUCAGGGCUCAGACUCUAAAACCCUAUAGAGACCACUGGAAAUUCAUCUCGAUAUAACCGGGUUUCUCCCUAACCCCUAUAGGGACGACUCUGGUUGCCCUAAGUCUAGUUGGAUAAAAGAGAAGGCCCGCGAGAUACUGCGGAAACAUGCGGAAUUUUUCAUGUUUUACAGGGGUGUCUGUAGGGGUUUGUUGCUUUUGGGAUCCCUAUAGGGGAGAAAAUGCCAAAAACUAUUUUAGGGCGGGGGGCCCCUAUAGGGACCCCUACAAAUUUUCUCAGUAAACAGUUUUCCCGUUUCACUGACCGUCGCCAAGUGUUUGGUUAAGGAGGAUGGGGAAGAGGCAGAGGAAGAUGAAAAUGAGCAAGAAUCGACAGAAAGAGCCGAGAACUCGGCAGAAGAGGCUGAUCUCUCGCAGGGACAUUCCAAGCUCAUCGGUAACCCGAGACCCAAGUUCGUCCUAGGAAGUCCCUCCUUCAAAGCCAAGUACUGUUCCAGGUACUUCUUCCGGAAAGGAGCUCAACAGUGUGCGGAGCUGUACGCUUGCUUGGGCUGUGCCCGGCUACUUGCGCCCGACGAACACCGGGAACACAAAAACCGCGGCUGCGACAAGGACAAAGACCCGGUUUCCCGAUUUUCAGACUCACUAAUAACUUAAUUUCUAUAAAAAGUGUAGAAACAAAAUAAAAAUGUCACCCUAACGAAUUUAGUCCUUUUAUGGAGGAAAAUUAUAGAUUUUUUUCAUUUUCUCUACGUGUUCCCAUAUGAUUAAAAUUCAAUCAAAAUUUGUAUUACCCGGGAAAUUUUGUUUUCAGAGAAUCUAUAUCGAAAACAUACUCUGUAAAAAGUAUAGAAACUGAAAAAAAUCCCCCCAACGAAUUUAGUCAUUUUAUGGAGGAAAUUUACAGAUUCUUCAUAUACUUAUCAAUUCCAAAUUCAAUCGAGCUUAUUCCCCAGUAAAUUUUACGAUUUUUGAAUAGGGAAUCUCUAUCGGUAGAAAUGGAAAGAUCAAUUUUUAUUUACAAUUAGGUGGCUUGAGUUAUAGCCGAUCCUCGGCUGAAUUGAGCCAAUUCAAGGGGUGAGCCUUAUAAGGAAGGUCAUUUUACUUUGCGGUUGGGAUUUUCCUGAAAAUUGGUCAGAACGCUCCUUGAUGUACCAGAAGACGAUUCUGAAAGUUUCAACCUGCAUUACUUCCUCGUUUUUGAGAAAAGACAUCUCAAAGUCAGAGAAAACCUUCCAAACCCAUUAAAAUUGGCUAUUUUGGGGCUUUAGGUCAUUAUUUCUUGUAAAGUAGAACGUUGUGCAGGUUGAGACUUUCAGGAUCUUCAUCUGGUACAACAAGGAUAAUUCUGGCCAUCUCUUCAAGCGCAAAGUAAAAUUACCUUUCCUGUUAACCUAACAAAAAAGAUGAUAUAAAGAUGAAACUCAUAAAAGCCCCUUUGCAGCAGAAUAUAUCCUUCUCGGACCUUCCGAAGCGACACAACGGCACCUUCUGCGCAGAAUGUCUGGCGUUCGUGCCGACUCUUCGGAUGCUGGCGCGGCAUUUCGAAGAAGCACACAACCUGGUGGCCCCCGUCAAAGAGGUCCAUAUUCGGGACGACCGCGAUUUCGAAGUUGGCAACUGCUCAAGAUCCCCGAAAACUUGAAAUCCCCCACAGGAGUUCAUGAACUGGAUGCAGCAGCAAGGAGGCAUCAAAAUAGUGAAUAUGAAGCAACGGCUGUCGAGAGACCGAACACGGACCUACAGAUUCUUCGGUUGCUGUCUUGUGGCCAAACCUAAGUCUGUUUUCUGUUCUUUUUGUCAGAUGUAGAGACCCAUAGACAGAGUCGGAACACUGCCAAAGUCGGAAAUGUGGAAAAUUGACAUAUGCAAAGUCGGAAAGACCCUUCACGGGCCCUCUGAGCGUCCGUUACGGAUCCGUCUGUUUCCAUUAAUUGUUCCUAAACGGGUGGCAGAGGUUUCCUUUUUACUGCCUUUUUGCGUCCUUUCAUCGGCCUUCAUCCACCCUUUUUGGACGCUUUUGAGAAAUACAAUUUUUUUUAAAAAUUAUGAGUAAUCUUUACAAGUGACUGUGUAUGAACCAACAUAAGCUACAGUGAUGAAAUCGGAAGUCAUCAAUAGCAGAGACUUUCAGAACCCUUUUGCACCCUCACUCUUUCUCCACCCUUUUUGCGGCCUCUGCCUUUUUUCGCCCUUUUAUGACCCUUUUUAGCCCACCAAGAAUGAAAGGCUCAAUAAAGGCCGUAAAAAGGGACCCUUUUAGCGGCCAUUUUGCAGUCAUUCCCUUUUUGCACCCGUUUUCCGCACUUCCGACUUUGGCAGUGGAUGCAAAAAGGAAGUGACUGCAAAAUAGCCGCUAAAAGGGUUCCGUUUGGCGGCCUUUAUUGAGCCUUUCUUUCUUGGUGCGCUGUAAAGCCUUAAAAAGGGGGAAAGAAGGGUGCUGAAAUUCUAAUGAUUUCCGAUUUUAUUACUGUAUCCCAUUUUAGUUCAUACACAGUCACUGGUAAUAAUUAAUUUCAAUUAAAGAACGUUGUGUUUCUCGAAAGGGUCCAAAAAGGGUGGAUGAAGGCCGAUGAAAGGACGGAAAAAGGCAGGGAAAAGGAAUACGUUGCCACCCAUUUAGGAACAGUUAAUGGAAACCUUUGCACCCAUAAGGGGCGCUCAAAGGGUCCUUCCGACUUUGCCUGUGCAGGGUGAAAAAGGCUCCAUAGAAAUUUUCGUUCAAGGCUGUCAAAGACUCCUUUUUUGGUUCCUUUUUGCGCCAUUUCAUCGACUUUUCUGCACCAUUUUUGCUGCCUCUCCCUAUUUCCACGCUCUCAAAUUCUAGAAAAAUGAAAAGCCUUUUUUGCUUUUCUGCGGCCUAUUCUGAGCCUCUCCCUUUUAGCGGCCAUUAUCCAUUUUUCCGACUUGGACAUCUGAAGCUUAUUUUUUCGAAUAUUCAGUUUGAAGUCUUUUCGGGUGGUCCAACAGCUAUAAAAAGGCUUUUGAAGGGACAUACGGGAGAAUUCGAGAAGAGCCUCUUUGAAGUCGCUUCUCAGUUGCACGGCAUACGCCAGGACGAUUCCGCAAGACGAUGGGUUCGUUUUUAAAGCGCCAAGAAGUGAUCAAAGCCAAUUUAGAACUGUCGUCGUUGAGUACUGUACCGUGCAUUCUCAUGGAUUCAUUGAAGAACCCAAAUCUUUAUAUAAAUUGCCAGGUAACGAUUUUUCUUCUCUUUGAACAGGAAGGUGCGUAGAUAAUUCAUAAAAAUGAAGCAAGAGGCAAAAUUAUUGACAAAAAUGUACAAAAUUCGGGCUUUUUCAUUAUUUUGAGCUCAUCCAGAUCCACUAUUUCUUUAUUCUUUCAAUUUUUUGCGACAGCGUAAUUAGGGAAAAUUUUCAUUUACAAGGGAGGUCAUUUUUCUUUUCGGCUGGACUUUUACUGCCAGAAGAAAUUUUUGAAAGCCUAAACCUGCACAACUUUCUACAUUUUGAGAAAAGACGCCUCAAAGUCAAAGAAAACCCUCCAAACCCAUUAAAAUGAGCUAUUUUGGGGCUUUAGGCCCUUAUUUCUCGAAAACUAAGGAGUUGUGCAGGUUUAGACUUUCAGAAUAUUUUUCUGAUACAUCAAGGAGUGUUCUGGUCGAUUUUGAUUUCCGCAAAGUGAAAUGACCUUCCCUGUUAGUGGUUUCGAAGAUAUUCUGAUAUUCGAAUGUCUGCAGGUACCUCGGUUCCAUUCCUGACUGGACAUCGGCCUUGUUCUCCGCCACGAGAAGAUCCGCCAGUGGGCGACCUGAUCGACGAGUACGACUCGCAGAUGUCCAACAAGAUCACCGUUGCAAAUGUUUGCGUCCUUUUGCCCCGCCCUUGGGAUUUUUGGUUUUCAGUCGAAAGUUGUCGCUCGUGGUAAUAAAAACAAAAGGAGCGGCGAAAACUUGGGAACUCCGAGGCCCAAGCGCCGAGUCACCGUCAAGUCUGAGCCCAUGGACUACGACGAGUCUGGUAGAUCACAGGCUUCCUUUUUUAUACCGUAUGCUCUUUGCAGUGUCGGAUAUAAAUCUUGACGAGGAAGACCUGGAUGGGGAGAAUGAUCAUGUUCCGGUAUCUUCCAGGAAAGUGGAUCAUGUCUUAAGGUAAUAUUUAGUUAAGGUCAAAGGCUAAGAAAUCAAGGGGGUUCAUUAAAAUAGUUAUAGUCCAUACUAUGGUUAGGACUUUGUAAAUCAGAAAGGAGGCGACGUCAGGUUGUCUCGAAACAGAGGAAGUUUUUUCGAGUCUUUUCACCGGGAAAUUCGGGAUUUUCUGAAAUGUAACGAAACCAUCCUUUGAGGUACUAAAUAAGCAUAAGAAAGCUGCUAAACUCGCUAUUUUCCAAGACCUGAUACCUCGAAGAUCCAGCCUGUAACAUAUAUCAAAGUGAAAGAGAUUUGAAGUGUCCGUUUUUGAAAAAUAAUAUUUCCCGAAUAUUCAUCUGGUAUAGCUCAUUCGUGUCCUGUCUGCGCUCUCCACGAGCCAGACGCUGUCUCGUGUAUAGUCGUGUCAUGAUCCUUUUUUCGAUGGCUAAAGCCAGCCGGGAAUCAGCUUUACGGAAAAAUCGCUUUGACCUCUUCUCAAAAUGUCAUAUCCGUUUCUUGGACUUCAUAUAUUUAACGAAAUAUUUUCAAGUUUGUUAAGAAAAAUAUAAAUUCUCACCAGUCAGCUUCAUUUCUGUAAUGCUGUGUUCAAUUUGAUUCGGCGAAAUGCAAAUUUUGAUAAUUUUUGAAAUACCCGUUAGAGAAAGAAAAAGAUCACUUAUUUUUGGAGAAUCAAAGAUCAUUUUGCAUUUCGCGGAAUCAAAUUGAAAACGGCAUAAGAGAGAGAAAAGUUUUUUCGAACAAUUAAUUCGUAGAAAAUAUAAAAUAAUAAAAAAAUAGUUCAAUAUUCAAAAAUUAUUCAAAUUAGGGCCAAAAGGAGCGUUUUCAGAGCUCCGCAAAAAAGUUUUUUUUGGCUUCAUCGGUAGAACUUUAUAACACGGGAAAAGUCCAAAAGGUCUCAAAAAGGACUUUUUGGAAAAAAGGCCUUUAGAAAGCCACAAAGGCGCUUUUUUUUUGACCUUUUUCGGAAAAAAAAACCUUUUGCGGAGGAAUAAAAUAAUGAGACGGAAAAAAGAUGAGAAGAUUUUAUGGAACUUUUGAAACUAUUUUAUAGCUCAAAAAGGAGCUUUAGACUUUUUUUAAGGCCUUUUCGAGGUCGUUUAGACUUUGCCUGUGAAGUCGAAGUGAAAAAAAAAACCAAUUUCGAGAAGUUACCUCGUUGUAAAAUUCCAAAACACCAUGGAACCUUCUUGAAAACGUUCACUUUGAUAAUUUUUGAUCUACAGGAAGGAAAUAGUUUCCAGGAAGAAUCCGAUCAAAAAAGCGACGGCUACAAACGGUAAAGGACAGAAGCAGCCGCUGGAGCAAGUGCGAGACGCGCUGGAAACUAUUUUCUCGAGACUCGUAAGUCGCAGACGCGGGCAACAGAAAAGAGAUUUUUUCGCAGAGCGCGCUCCCCGAGGAGAUGCUCGACCACUUCGUGCCGAUCAUCUGCGACCUGGCCGACGACGCGACCGACGUCUACGAGAAGUUUGAGGAACUCCGCCGGUUUCGACCCAAACGAAGUCUGCGUCGAAUGAUCCGAGGAACCCAGUGA